UCUCUCUCUCAAUCAAUCAAACCUCUAUAAAUGUAAAACGACGAGUCAGAACGAACAAACACCACAACAAGAAGUUAAAGAGAAAACAUAUCACGAAAAUAGAUUCCCCGCUGAAGAAGGUAAAAAUCUAUUUCAACUAGCUACCUCAUGAACCGUCUCUUUAAGCUCUGCUUCUUACCGUUAAUGGUUGCUAUAGCCAUGAAGGCGUCUCAUCUUUCCACACAAGAUCUCCAAACCUUUUACCUCUACGUACAAAACAACCUCGCAUCUCUAACCAUAUUCUCCCUUUCUCUCGCACUCGGCUCGGCUCUUUACAUCAUGUCCCGACCCAAACCCGUUUACCUAGUUGACUUCAGCUGCUACCUUCCCCCGUCGCAUCUCAAAGCCAGCAUCAAGAAGAUCAUGCACCACGUAAGGCUUGUUCGAGAGUCAGGCACGUGGAAGCACGAGUCCGAUUACUUGAUGGACUUCUGCGAGAAGAUUCUAGAACGUUCCGGUCUAGGCCAAGAGACAUAUAUACCUGAAGGUCUCCAAACUGUGCCACUACAGCAGAAUAUGGCUGUGUCGCGUAAAGAGACGGAAGAUGUUAUAAUUGGAGCGGUCGAUAAUCUGUUUCGCAACACCGGAAUAAGCCCGAGUGAUAUAGGUAUACUGGUGGUGAAUUCAAGCACUUUCAAUCCAACUCCUUCGUUAUCAACAAUAUUAGUGAAUAAGUUUAAACUUAGGGAUAAUAUAAAGAGCUUAAAUCUUGGUGGGAUGGGGUGUAGUGCUGGAGUCAUCGCUAUCGAUGUCGCUAAGAGUUUGUUACAAGUUCAUAGAAACUCUUAUGCUCUUGUGGUGAGCACGGAGAACAUCACUCAAAACUUGUACUUAGGUAAUAACAAAUCAAUGUUGGUUACAAAUUGUUUGUUCCGGAUUGGUGGGGCCGCAAUUUUGCUUUCUAAUAGGUCUAAAGAUCGUAAACGCGCCAAAUACGAGCUUGUUCACACCGUGCGGGUCCAUACCGGAGCAGAUGACCGAUCUUAUGAAUGUGCAACUCAAGAAGAAGAUGAGGAUGGCAUAGUCGGGGUUACCUUGUCAAAGGAUCUACCUAUGGUAGCUGCAAGAACCCUAAAGAUCAAUAUCGCAACUUUGGGUCCACUUGUUCUUCCUAUAAGCGAGAAGUUUCACUUCUUUGUGAGGUUCGUUAAAAAGAAGUUUUUGAAUCCGAAGCUCAAACAUUACAUUCCUAAUUUCAAGCUCGCGUUCGAGCAUUUCUGUAUCCAUGCGGGUGGCAGAGCGCUUAUAGAUGAGAUGGAGAAGAACCUUCAUCUAACUCCAUUAAACGUUGAGGCAUCAAGAAUGACAUUACACAGGUUUGGUAAUACAUCUUCGAGUUCCAUUUGGUACGAGUUGGCUUACACAGAAGCCAAAGGAAGGAUGAAGAAAGGAGAUAGGAUUUGGCAGAUCGCAUUGGGGUCAGGUUUCAAGUGUAAUAGCUCUGUUUGGGUGGCUCUUCGUAACGUCAAGCCUUCCGCUAAUAAUCCUUGGGAAGAAUGUCUGCACAAAUAUCCAGUUGAGAUCGAUAUUGAUUUAAAAGAACGAUCGAGCGAUCCCAUUUGACCGUUAAAAGUUAUGAUACGAAUUGAGAUAGAGACGCAUGUACUGGUUUAUAGUCGUGCCUUGGUCGGUCCAAAUAUUGACAAGUAAUCUAUCCUUUUUCUAUGUAUCGUCGAUCUCUGUUAGCGUUGUGUGAUGCUACUACCCCUUCUAGUUGACUAUAUAAGUGUAAGAUUCGUUGCCUGGUAAUGGGCUUGUUUCACA